AACUCUCAUUCUGGCGUUUCGAAUAAGUCUAACAAAAUGGACUCAUCAAACAACAAUACAAAUCAAACUGAAGUGCGAUUCAGCAUGAGUGCAUUGACGCGGAUUACCGAAAUUGGAGCGGAAAUGGCUCAACUCCAAGAACAACAGGACAAGUUGGGUAUUAAUAAUUCACAACGGCUUAGCGAACUGCAGGCGCAGAGAGCUAGCAUUCUACUGGAAGCUUUGAGUUCACAAAACGUUGGCGAAACGGUUUUGAGUCAAGUAAAGCAAGUAGCCGCAGCUGCUGCUCCACCCUCCAAACCUAGACCAGCAGCUAGAUCUCGAGGUAGCCACGGUCAUUCCUCACGUCAGCAGCACUUCGAAAACAACCCAGAAUCUCCACAGUAUCAGCCGCAGAUGUACCUUGCCAGUCAUAACCAAUACCCAAGCACAAGUACUGCCCAGUGA